AUUCAGUUCGUAUUCAUUACUUUGACAAGACAGUCGUGACUACUAGCGCUUUUUCUGAAAAGACAUUUUCAAGACCAAAACCUCGUUUGAGUGAUGGCAACAAAGACACCCAACGCCAUGGACCAAACAACCAGUCCUCCUCUGAAUAGAGUGGACGUGAUUCACCACCUGGUGAACUAUUACUUCGGGAUCAUGGAACCGAAGCAGUGGGCAUUUUUGCUCACAGGAAACCCUGACGACAAGACCAGGUUCAUUCUGGGACAGCUGUUAAUGGACUUGAUGGACAUCAUGCUCAUCACCCAACCAACGCUGACAGAGGAGGAGAUGAGUAGAGUUCAGCCUUGGGAGCAUCUGUCAUCUAGUUUGGGGGAGAAUCUACCUCAGACUCUUCCUCAAGUCCUGGCUGUUCCAGAUAAGGUCUUUCGUCAGAUCUUGGACUCUCUGAGGAGAAUCAUGUACAGAGUAGCGGCAGUCGGGUGCAUCAAGUGCAUGGUCUUUGCCAGCCGUCACCCGACCCCAUAUGUCCAGUACCGCACUGAGUUCCUUACCAUGGUUAAGGAAAUGGUCGACCGCACCAUUAAAAUGCUGUGCUCAGAGCACAAGAGACUGAUGAGCACACGUCAUCGUCUCCAUCUGAAACUGGUCAUUUCGACGCCAAGACUCCCUGAACAAGACCAAGAAGAUGUGGAGUCAAGAAGAUCUGGAGUCAACAACAACGACGACCCAGAGAGUUUCGAAGAGCGACCUGAUCCAGGCCCGAGCCAGAUGUCCAACCUGACAGACGUCACCCCUGAGAACGUUUGUGUGUCUCCGGACACAGCUUCCGUGUCCGCCUCUGCAUUAGAGGACAAAUCUGGACAUGAGGACAUGAGAGUGAAUGAAAAAUCCUUUGUGAGCAGUGUGACAGAGGAGCUGGUUUCACGGGCCCUUAAAAGGUCCAAGAUGACCUCCGCUGCAGAUUCCCUGCAUGUCAUCCACCAGCGGCUGUUCACCAGAAUCUGGGAUGAACUCGAAAGCAAAGGGCCACCGUACGAAGGUCUUCACGUCAACCUGGACAGGUUGAAGAACGUGGACAAAGCCAUUUACAAAGACAUCCUGAAAACGUCUCACUGCUCCAAGACGACCCUGUGGAUACGUAUGGUCUCAGGGGAUCCACAGAUUGAAGACGCCAUCGUGUCUUCACUGAAAAAACAGCUGAAGAGACAGUCCCAGGAACCUGGUGCCAUCAAAAAAUUCUUCAUGGCAAUAGGCAGAAUUUUCAAGAACCGCCCAGCCAGCCCCACAGUACUGGUGUUUUAAAGUGGAACAUCUACAUCAUCAUUGACGAAUCCACCUCAGAGCUCAGGCAGGAGGUUACCCACUUCCCCUCCCCUUCCCCUCCGCUGUUGCUGCUAGUCAGAGAGCAGUGGAGGGGUUGGCUACUUCCAUCUGGGGACACCUCCUCCUCCACCAGUUGCUGCUAGUCAGAGAGCAUUGGAGGAGGGGGUCACCUAAAUGUGGGGACACUUCCUGUUCCUGCCUGUUUGUGGGUUUAACUCUGCUGGAAUCCGCUGGACGGAGACCAGUGGAGCAGGAGGACGCCUGCAAACAGGUCAGGACUGAGCUCAUGUCGUCAUCUGGAUGGACACCAGUACCACCUGAUAUCUGGAGGGCCAGGGGUCCAUUCCCUGCAUCAUCUGUUUUGCUGCUGCUGCUGAGGACUUCUCUUCAUCUGCUACCUGUUAGCAAAAU